CACACAAAUUAAAAUAAACCUGGUCAAAUUUAAAAAUAAAUGGUCAAAUUUCACCAUCUGUCAGUAUGAACAUCACCAAAAUUCAGACUUGUUUCUAAAUUAUCCUGAGACAAUUCAGGAUCCAGAUGCCGCUCCCAACACACACUUCUUCACCUGUUCUUUCAUCUCGAGCCCUAAUGCCAUGAUUCUCAGUUACAAAAAUGAAUGUCCUUUCACUGUUAUUACCAGCAGUGACAUGAUUCGCCGUUUGGUGCAGGUACGGUGUCAAACUGUUAGUGGUUCAGUUUUCCGUUAUUCCUUUCAAGUGUGAUGCAUGAUGAUUCGAGUUUAACUUCUAAUAGAAUGGUAUGUAAUGAUGUGGUACUUGCAGUUAUCAGUUUUACUGGAGUCUCUGUUUAGUGACUUGUAAUCACUUUUUUGAAUUCCUCAGUGAGUUUCCCAACAAUACAUCAGUGAUGGAGCAGCGUCUGUUCAUACUCCUGUUUUUCACAGGAGUCAUCUCUCUCGUCCUGUCUGUACCUCGUAAGUACUUUCUGAUCCAGAAGGGGAAAACAUGGAGUGAUGCUCAGGCUUACUGCAGAGUCACAUACACUGAUCUGGCUAUUAUCGAAAGUAAUGAGAACAUGGUUGAACUUCAGUAUGAAGCACAGAGACAACAAUUCAGUUCCAGUGCAUGGCUUGGAAUGUACAAUGACAUUAACAGCUGGCGCUGGUCCUUUGGAAAUGAGCCACUGACAACUGGGAUGAUGUGGCUUGGAGGAUGGCCUAACAACAAUGGCGGACAUCAAGAGUGUGGUGCGACAAGUACGUGGGGUUGGAUUUGUCAAGACUGUACUACCACAAGGCCCUUUGUGUGCUUUAAUGACACUAAAACUGGAAAUAAAGUGUACAUUUACAUCUCUAACAAAAUGACUUGGUAUGAUGCUCAGGCUUACUGCAGAACGCAUCAUGUGGAUCUGGCCAGUUCUAGAAAUGCAACAGAAAACUCAAAUAUACAGAGAAUGACAAUGCAAAAAAUCAUGAUGGUUAAGGUCCGGUCCAGUCAGGAUGUGAACGAUCCUGCAGUACUGGUGGCCAUCUUGGAGCAGAUCAAGCAAAAACUGAAAGAUCAUGGGAUAGCAGAGAAUAUCACAGUGAAAUGGAGAGAGCAACCAGAUGGAUCGGUGUUUCACAAGGAGUAA